CAUGGCUUCCCGGAGCCUGGGGGGCCUGAGCGGGAGCCGUGGCGGGGGCGGCGGCGGCGGCAAGAAGAGCCUGAGCGCCCGCAAUGCUGCGGUGGAGAGGAGGAACCUGAUCACCGUGUGCAGGUUUUCUGUAAAGACCCUGAUUGAUCGAUCCUGCUUUGAGACAAUUGAUGAUUCUUCUCCUGAAUUUAAUAAUUUUGCAGCUAUUUUGGAACAGAUUCUAAGUCACCGGCUAAAAGAGAUUUCCCAAAGUUGCAGAUGGCUGGCUCAUCUCCAAAUACCUCUUCAAGGUCAAGUAACCUGGUUUGGUUAUGAAAGUCCUCGUAGCUUCUGGGACUAUAUCAGAGUGGCUUGCCGGAAAGUUUCACAGAAUUGUAUCUGCAGCAUUGAAAAUAUGGAAAAUGUCAGUUCCUCUAGAGCUAAGGGUAGAGCCUGGAUCAGAGUUGCACUCAUGGAAAAACAUUUAUCUGAAUACAUCUCUACAGCUCUGAGAGACUUCAAAACAACCAGAAGAUUUUAUGAAGAUGGAGCAAUUGUCUUGGGUGAGGAAGCAAAUAUGCUUGCUGGCAUGCUGCUUGGGCUCAAUGCUAUUGAUUUCAGCUUCUGCCUAAAGGGAGAGGGACUGGAUGGCAGCUUUCCUGCUGUAAUAGACUACACACCAUAUUUGAAGUUUACCCAAAGCUCUGACAGCAUCAGCAGCGAUGAGGAGGAGCUGAGGACGCUGGGCAGCAGUGGCAGCGAGAGCAGCUCUCCCGAGAACGUGGGGCCCCCUUUCAUCAUGGACGAGAACACGUGGUUCAACAAGUGUAAGAGAGUCAAGCAGAAGUACCAGCUAACCCUGGAGCAGAAGGCUUAUCUUGAAGAACUCUUACGACUUCGAGAGAACCAGCUGUCUGAAUCUGUCUCCCAGAAUAAAAUACUACUACAAAGGAUUGAAGAUUCUGAUCUGGCCCAUAAAUUGGAAAAGGAACAAUUAGAAUAUAUAAUUGUGGAGCUGCAAGAUCAGUUGACUGUGCUAAAGAAUAAUGAUUUAAGAUCAAGACAAGAGUUAACUGCCCACCUCACCAACCAGUGGCCUUCCCCAGGAGCUCUGGAUGUCAAUGCUGUUGCCUUGGAUACGUUGCUUUACCGAAAACACAAUAAACAGUGGUAUGAAAAAAGUUAUCAAAAUCUUGACCAGUUAUCAGCUGAAGUUAGCCUUUCUCAGACUUCCCUGGACCCAAGUCAGUCACAAGAUGAUGGAAAACAAGACACGUUAAAUUCAGUCAGUGAAGGUAAAGAAGACACUCCCUCCUUACUUGGUCUCUGUGGGUCUCUAACAUCAAUGGCAAGUUACAAAUCUCUAACUAGCCUCAAAUCCAAUGACUGUCUUGCAAGUCCUACAGCAGAGAUGACAAGUCCAGGCCUAACUCCAUCCUGAAAAUUUUAAUGUAGAAGCCAAAAGAUUUUAUGUUGCAGAAGUUCUAUUACUUAAGUGUGACUGCUGGGAAAACCUUUGGAAUUUUA